CAGACCAGGACAGGAGACAUGGAGGUCUGUCAGAGGUUGAAGCUGCUGGUUGUCUCUCUGAUGACGACGACCAUGAUGAUGAUGAUGACUUCAGCUGCAUCACAGAACUUCUGCUCUAACUCCACGGUGCUGAGGACUCGGACGGCCUGUAGCUCCUGCAGCAUCAUCCUGUUGGUGCAAUGUCCCUUAGGAUACAAACAUACACCAGGGGCCACCACUCAGGCCUGCAAGUAUCACAUUAGGACCCCCAGUCUGAAGUUAGCCAUCGACGGCUGCUCCUCCGAGUGCUACAGAGAGGUGGAGGUGAAGAGCUGCUGUCCAGGAUACUGGGGUCCAGACUGUGCCGAGUGUCCGGACCAGCCUCACAGACCCUGUAGCAGGAGAGGAGUCUGCUCUGAUGGACUGGGAGGAAACGGGACCUGCAGCUGUCAGGUGGGUUUUGCAGGAACUGCAUGUGAGGACUGUGCACCUGGUCGAUAUGGUCCCACCUGCAGCUCAGUGUGUACCUGUGUCCAUGGUCUGUGUGACCCUGGACUGACAGGUGAUGGAAGAUGCACCUGUUUCUCUGGAUACAAAGGUCCAAACUGUGACCAAGAGUCACCUGAGUGUGCUGCCCUCAGCUGUCAGCAGAACUCUCGGUGUAUGGAGGAGGCUCUGACGGGACAGCUGGUGUGUCAGUGUUUACCUGGUUACCAGAAGUCAGGAGAUCAGUGUUUAUCCAUAAACCCGUGUCUCAGGCUGUCCUGUCAUGUCCACGCCGCCUGUGUCCACACGGGUCCAAACCAGCACCUGUGUGCCUGUCAUGAUGGUUACACCGGGGACGGGCGUGUCUGCAUGGCCAUCGAUCCAUGUCAGACCCAACAAGGAGGCUGCUCCGCCAAGUCCACCAGAUGUCUCUAUGACGGACCGGGAAAGUCCCACUGUGAGUGUCUUCCUGGUUUUGAGAACCUGUCUAACGGCGGCUGCAGCAUGAGGGACUCGUGUAGACCUGAUUCCUGCCACAAGAACGCCAACUGUACCACCGUGGCUCCAGGACGAGUCCAGUGUACCUGCCUCCAGGGUUACCUCGGUAACGGUAAAUUUUGUUACGGAAACAUCAUGCAGCGUCUGAACGAGCUGAACACAGAACCUGGAGGACUGUGGAGCGGUCAGCUGAGCAACGCCCUCUCCCUGUUCGGUUCUCUGUCGUGGCCUCUGCAGAAUCUGGGUCCUUUCACUGUCUUCGUCCCGAUCAAUAAAGGCUUCAGAGGAAUUUCGGUGAGGACUCUGACCGCAGACCAGUCCAAAGCUAAAUACCUGUGUAAGAUGCACCUGGUUGCCGGGACGAUGCCCUUUGACUCUCUGAAGAAAAGUGACGUGUUUUACACCCUGACUGGAAAAUCAGCUGAGACGGACACAACCGAGGGGGACGCUCAGACUAAAAUCCGUAUCCAUGGCAGCAGGAAGAAAGGAGUGAUUGUCCAAUCAGAUGUUGUGGCGUCCAAUGGGAUGAUCCACCUCAUUAAUAAGCUGAUGGACAGUGUCUCUCCCACCGUGGAGAGUGAUACUGAGGAGAACCUGAUGAAGAUCGUUUCUGACUAUGGAAAGUUUGACAAGUUCAAGUCUUUAUUAGAGAAAACUGAUCUGGCUUCAGUCUUGGAUCUUCCCGGACCCAUCACCGUCUUCGCUCCAACCAGUUCGGCCUUCGUCGCCAUGACUGCAGGACACCUGACUUUCCUCAGCAGCGCUCAGGGUCACAAUAAGUUGCUGGAGCUUCUGAGGAACCACAUCGUCCCGUCCACUGCGCUGGAGGUCUACAACGCUGUAUCCAGUCCCAGGAUCGUGACGAUGGCCAAUCAGGUUCUGACGAUGAAUGUGACAGAGAGUGGUCAGAUCCUGGUCAACGGAGCCGCUGUGCUGGAGGCGGCUGUGGAGGCUAAAAACGGACGUCUGUAUGUGAUGGAUGGAGUUCUGAUUCCGCCCUCCAUUGAACCUGUGCUGCCCCACAGGUGUGACAUCAGCAAGACCAAGACCAUCAGGGGCGACUGUGUCUCCUGCUCUAAAGUGAAACUGUCUCAGUGCUCGUCUGGACUCUACACGGGCGCCUCCAUAUUCGGAUGUGUUUACACUUUCUCCAUUGGCAGUCCAGCUGUCAGUAUCCCGGCGACUGGCUGCUCGCCGCUCUGCAACGUGACCAUAACAACUCCGGCAUGUUGUAAAGGAUUCUAUGGUCCAGACUGCGCUCCCUGUCCAGGUGGAUACCAGACUCCCUGCUCAGGACACGGUCAGUGUAUGGAGGGGACUGGAGGAAAUGGGUCGUGUAUCUGUAAUUCGAACUUCAGAGGCUCUCGCUGUCAGUACUGCUCCUUCUCCAACAAAUAUGGCGCAAACUGUGACACAGCCUGUCCCUGUAUCCAUGGACAGUGUGACAACCGUCCAGACUCAGAUGGUCGGUGUAAACCGGACUCGUGUCAGAUGGGUUUCACUGGUCAGUUCUGUGACCGACAAACAGCGGCCUGCGGCGUUCAGGCUCAGUUUUGUCACGCCCACGCCAACUGUGACUUCAGCCAAGGGACCACCAGGUGUGUAUGUAAACAUGGUUACCAAGGUGAUGGUAUCACCUGUGUGGAGUCUGACCCCUGUGCUCCUCCUCGCCGAGGCGGCUGCAGUGUGAACGCUAAAUGUAUAAAGACGGGACCGGGGACUCACUCCUGCCAGUGUCUGAGCGGAUGGAGGGAGGACGGAGACGAGUGUCAGCCAGUCAACAACUGUGACGGUCUUGACAGAGGAGGCUGUCACCCCAACGCCACCUGCAUCUAUGUGGGACCGGGACAGAGCGACUGCAGCUGUAAAGCCGGGUACAAGGGAAAUGGCCGAGACUGUGAGGCCGUGAACCAGUGUGUCACUGUGAGCGGAGGCUGUCACUACCUGGCCAGCUGUCGGCUGCUGUCCUCCAGGUGGACCUGUGUCUGUGAUGAAGGACUUUCUGGAGACGGUCACAUAUGUUUUGGUUCAGUGGCUCAGGAACUGAUGAGUCUGCCCGACCCCUCCGAGUUUCUCACCUGGACCACUGACUCUGGUCUGACCUGGUCUAUGAUGGACCAGAACCUCACUGUCCUGGCUCCGUCUUCAGCUGCUAUUGCAAAAAUGUCUUCAGAGGACAAAAGCUUCUGGACCAUGAAGGGAAACCUACCGAGUCUCGUCAGAAAUCACAUGAUCCCUGGUCGGUAUCCGUUAUCCAGCCUGAGUACCAUUUCUUCCGUGACAUCACUGCUCAAGACAACACUUCCUGUUUCAACAACCAAUGAGCUCACAGCUGUGGGCGGAGCCUCCAUCACCACUUCAGAUUUAGCUGCAACCAACGGGCUGAUCCAUGUCAUCGAUAAGGUUCUGGUUCCGGACAGGAAGUUGAGCGGGGGGCUGCUGGCAACGCUCACUCUGAGACCAGAGUUCUCGCUCUUCAGAUCGUAUCUGAUCGAGUACAACCUGACAGACGAGAUCGAACAGGCCAACGAGUUCACCAUCUUCGCCCCAACAGACGCUGCCAUCAACGAUUACCUGAAGAUGAUGGCCGCCACGGCACUGGAUGUGAAUACGACUCGUUACCACGUGGUGACAUCAGAGCGUUUGUUGAAGACCGACCUGCAGCCUGGAGGUUACAAACCGACGCUGCUCGGAUUUUCCUUCCAGCUUGGCUUCUUCCCCCGAGACGGGAAGCUGUUUGUGAACGAUGCUCAGAUAAACUCCUCCAACAUCCUGAGUGGUGACGGAGUGAUUCACGGCCUGUCAGCUGUUCUGCAGAUCAACAGGAACCGCUGUGAUGAGGCAACGUACCUGACCGUUAUGGGAACCUGUGUCGACUGUUUGUUCCCACAGGGCAAAAUCUGCCCCAACGACACCGUCCCAGCUGAGUCAGCGAGGACCAGGAAGUGUAUGUUCACCCGGAUGUUUGAGGAGGAGCGUCUGCUGACCAUCGGCUGCAGAGCCACGUGCCUCCGGAGGAACAUCGUGCGCAGGUGUUGUGGAGGGUUCUUCGGGGAGCACUGUGAGCCGUGUCCCGGUCCGAAGGGUCGGCCCUGCUUCGGUAACGGAGUGUGUCUGGACGGGACGGGCGGGACCGGACUGUGUCAGUGUGACAGAGGGUUCAAUGGGACUGCCUGCGAGACCUGCCAGAGCGGGAAAUAUGGAGUCCACUGUGACCAGGACUGCAGGUGUAAAAAUGGCCGCUGCAGUGACGGACUCACAGGUGACGGGACGUGUGAGUGUGACGUCGGCUGGAGAGGAAUCAUCUGUGACGAGAAGGUUGAGUCCACGGCUGAUGAGCUGUGCGGCUCAGUCAGAUGUCACACCAGUGCAAAUUGUGUGAUCAGACCAUCCGGCCCUCAGUGUCUCUGUGCUGCAGGGUUUGAAGGAAACGGGACUUCCUGUCAAGCGAAGGACCCGUGUGUGGAGGAUAACGGCGGCUGCAGUCUUUACGCCGUCUGUAAACGGACUCUACCUGGACGCAGAGACUGUGUGUGUAACAGCGGUUACUCUGGAGACGGACUUGUGUGUGUCGAGAUAAAUCCCUGUCUGGAGGGAAACGGAGGUUGCCAUGUCAACGCAGACUGUGUCCAUGUCGGACCAAACAAAACGUCCUGUUCCUGCAGUGACGGUUACUCAGGUGAUGGACAGACCUGUCAGAUGAUCAACUUGUGUCGAAAGAAGAAUGGAGGCUGUCACCAGUUCGCCCGCUGUAACAUGACCGGUCCAGGUAUUCGGACCUGCACAUGCUUUAGCAACUUCUUGGGAGACGGCCUCACUUGCAGAGGCACCGUGGGGAAGGAGAUCCUGACCAGGAAGCUGAGAGACUUCUACCUGGCUCUGAUGGUGGCGGAGAUUUCUCUGAAAGGACGCGGCCCAUUCACCGUCUUCGCUCCGACAAGCGCCGCCUUGAAACCCGACAAAAACAACGCCGCAAAGACAAAAUUGAAGAGGUCGGAGAAAAAUAAAGAACAGUUGGCAUCUGUCCUGCGCAGCCACAUCGUUAUGUGUCACACUCUGCUGCCCGCAGACCUGAGUCGACCCCGAAACCUGACAUCUCUGUCUGGACUCGUCCUGACCACCAGCUCCACCCAGGGCAGCAUCUUCAUCGACCACGCCAAUGUGACGUACAGCCACGACAUCAGCGUCAACGGCAUCUUCCAUGAAAUCGACGAGGUCCUGCUUCCUCCUGACCUGGACAAAGACAAUCCAGACGUCCCUGUGAACCUGACAGAUGUAGCUGAACGUCAUGGAUAUAAAACCUUCUACAGACUUCUCCAGGACACAGGUGUGAUGGACCUGGUGAAUGAUGGGAUUUACCAACCGGUGACAGUCUUCUUGCCCUCAGACGGCGCCUUGGCGUCUCUGCCGCAGGAGCAGAAGGACUUCCUGUUCCACCAGGAUAACCGAGCUCAGCUGGUGGAGUACCUGAAGUACCACAUCCUGCAGGCCCAGAAGAUUUACGCUGAAGGCCUGAUCCACCUGGACUCGGCUCGGACUCUGCAGGGCUCCCCGCUCUCCUUCAGCUGUGGAGGGAUGGACGACAUCGGAGAAAUCUUCGUCAAUGACGGGAAGUGUCGGGUCGUUAAGAGACACCUCGUGUUUAACGGCGGGAUCGCCUAUGGGAUCGACUGCCUACUGACUCCGCCCAGCCUCGGAGGACGCUGUGAUGAACAGACAACCUUUGACCUCCAGAUGAGUUGCGGCCUGUGCACGUCCUCAGCUACUCGCUGUCCCAGAGGGUCCAAACAGAAGGAGGUUCAGAAGUGCGACCUUCCCACCAUUUUCGUCACUAAAAACACCGGCUGUCGCAGCAUCUGCACCGUCCACUUCUGGCAACCAAAGUGUUGUCAUGGUUACCACGGACGAGACUGUCUGGUGUGUCCAGGUGGAGUCGGCUCCCCCUGCAGUACCCAUGGUAAAUGUGACGACGGUCACCUAGGUAACGGUACCUGCACCUGUGACGCAGGUUUCAGGGGCAUGGCCUGCGAACAGUGCGAUGACGGGUUCUAUGGACCUACCUGUAAAGCCUGUAACUGUUCAGAACACGGGUCAUGUGACGCCGGACGCCGAGGGACGGGUUCCUGUUUCUGUGAGGAGGGGUGGAGCGGCGAGCGGUGUGACGUCGAGCAGAGUGAGGUGUUCCAGUGUUCUCCACCCUGUUCUCCUAAAGCCGUCUGUCAGGAGAACAACACCUGCGUCUGUCGGCCAUUUUAUGAAGGAGACGGAUUCACCUGUUCAGUCGUGGACAUGUGUCACAUCUGGAACGGUGGUUGUGCUAGAGGAGCCAGAUGUUCUCAGAAAGGAGAGAAAGUGAGCUGCACCUGUCCUAAAGGUCACCAUGGAGACGGCUUCACCUGUCAACCCAUUGACCCCUGCAUCUCCGGAGACAACGGCGGCUGCCACGAACACGCCACCUGCACCAUGACGGCUCCGGGGAAGAAGAAGUGCACCUGUAAAGACGCUUAUGUCGGAGACGGACUCACCUGUGAGGUCAAACAGCUGCCAGUCAGCCGCUGUCUCCAUGACAACGGACAGUGUCAUCAGGAUGCCCAGUGUACAGACCUGCACUUUGAAGAUGCGACCCUCGGUGUGUUUCACCUCCGCUCAGACAGAGGUCAGUACAAGCUGAACUUCACUGCAGCUCAGCAGGCCUGCACUGCAGAGGGAGGCGGCCUGGCCACGUACACUCAGCUGUCCUACGCUCAGCAGGGUGGGCUCAACAUGUGUGCUGCUGGCUGGUUGGACCAGGCCCGGGUGGCGUACCCCACCACCUACUCCAACCCCAACUGUGGCUUCGGACACGUCGGCAUCGUCGACUAUGGAGUCCGCAAGAACCUGAGCGAGACCUGGGACUCCUUCUGCUACAGGAUGAAGGAGGUCAAGUGUGAGUGUCGACUCGGUUUCAUUGGAGACGGGUUCAGCUGUACAGGAAACCUGCUGCAGGUCCUCAGAGCCACGCCCACCUUCUCCAACUUCCUCACACAAAUCCGGAACUACUCCGAGACGUGCGAGUCCGGGAAAAAGUUUGUGAAGCGUCUCAGCAACCUGACGGUCCAGUCCACUCUGUUUGUCCCUGACAACGACGGCCUGCCCGGCAACCAGACUCUGUCUCAGUGGGACAUUGAGUUCCACCUGUCGGAGGGUCAGGCUCUGUCUCUCAGCCGGCUGAAGAACGGCAGCCGGAUCAGAACCAGAGUCGGAAGUCUGACCGUCCUUGGAGUCGCAGACCUGCUCAACCCCUCAGCUCUGUCGUCCCGUUACAUCAACGACCGCUUCGUCACCAGCUCCGACAUCUUGGCCUCCAACGGGAUUAUACAUGUUCUUCAGGGACCCCUGAAAGCCCCGCCCCCACGCCAAAAGAUGCACGUGGCUCACAAGGCGGGGAUGGGUGUGGGCGUGGUGCUGCUGAUCGCUGUGGUGGCGGGAGUCGUCUUCAUUGGAUACCACUUCUACACCCACAACACCAAACCCUUCCAGUUCCACUACUUUAAGGAGGAUGAGGGGGAGGAAGAAGCUCCGCCCUCAGACUGCGGUCGCAGCAUCUGUAACCCAAUUUACGAAGCAGCACCUGAACCUGCAGAGUCCAACACGUGUGACGUCAUAGGUGACACACACCAGGUGGUGAACGGAGGAUCGUACGACCUGCUGCAGGACGGCUGAGGAACCUGCUGCUGCUCACUGCUGGACUCAAACUCACAACUGUUUCAUACCUCUGAUCUGCUCCAGACUCUUUCAUCACAGACUCAGUUCUCUUCUCCGAUUGGUCCAGGUCCACAGGUGUGUCUGUCUGCAUCACCUGUGAAGGAGGAGUCACUGACUCAUCAUCAUGUUUUCAGCCACCUCCUCUCACAGAACAACACUGAUGAUGCGUUCAGGUGCUCUGAGUUUCUGCAGUAACAGCUGUUUAACCUUUGUUUUAUCUGAACACAGAAACAAUUAGUGGAGAAUCAUGUGAAACUGUGAAAAAUGUUGAUUAAAUGAUUUGUGCUCCA